AUGACACUUUCUGUCAUUCAGCGCUCCUCAAUACAGUCAAAGGAGGACGUUGGAGUGGUUGAACAGCGAGGUCAGGAGAUCAAGAAAAUAAAGGAGAUGCAGCAGAAUGAUCUAAAGGUGGAACUUGUAAAAGUCAGAGAAGUUGGACAGCAAAAUGAAAGAAAGGAAGAGAGAACAGAGCAAAAGGAAAAGUCAGUUAUCAUGCAACACCGGCGUGGACAGCAACAUUCUAAAUCACUUGUAGAAGAAGAAGAAGAAGAAGAAGAAGAAGAAGAAGAAGAAGAAAACUCGCCUAAAGAAGAAGAUCCAAGUAUGGAUCUUCAUUAUCUGGCCUGGAACUCGGGGACCUGUCCAAACUGA